UUCUUUUUCUUCUCUCUCUUUUUCUCUAUUUUGUUUUUCUUCUCUCGUAUCGAUUUUUCCGUUCUCAUUUCUAUUUUUUUAUUUUAUUAUUAUUUUACUAUUUUAGUUUUAUUAAUAUUUUAAAUAGUAUGUCCCGUCGAAAUAAACCUUCUUCUUCAACUAAUGUGCCUAAUGACUCUGACGACUCUGAUAAUGGUGGGGACGAUUGUGAUUUUCGGUCUUUUCGUGAUUUUCAUUUAGACAAAAAUCAAAAUCAAUCGGAUCAGCCAGGUUUUGUUAAUUGAUCACAUAUAAAUAUUGUUUUUAUUUUUUUAAAAGCUGGUGGGGACGGGGGGUACAAUGUUGCACCGCCAAAUCCCUGUGGGGACGGGGACGCUUUUACGAAGGACUUUUGUGCCAAACUGAAUAUUUCUGAAAAAAAGUAACCUAAAUUUUUUUAAAUUUGUAAAUUUGCUACAUAAUGCAGUAGAGGCAAAUUUGUACAUUUUUCUACAAAUACUAAAAUGGAAGAUGGGAAUGCUAGCCGAGUUGGGGAAAGGAGCAAUUGUGGGGACGAACGAAGGCGUAGCAAGGAUGCUUUGCAGCCGCCGAAGUUUACUACUGGGCCGUCACGAUCCGAAGAAUUGCAGAAGCAACUUCACGAAAGACCAGGCCUUAAGCGUGGGGACGCUAGACUUUAUGGAUGUUACUACUGCGGCGGAUCGCAUAGAGUCAAGGAUUGUCCUCAUAAUGUGACCACCUAUGCAGGUUUUUUGAAAUUUUUUUUAUAAAUUGAUCAUUUAUUAUUUAUUUGUUUUUUUUAUUAUCAUUUAUCAUUUAUUUAUUAAUUGAUCAUUUAAUUUCCUCGAAGAAAUCUCUUCUUUAAGUGCCAUUCUGCCAAACACGACAGCGCUUGGUGUCCGCAGCGUCACCCAUGGAGUUUUAGGCGUAAGCGGUGCUGGAAUUGCGGCCUUCCUGGCCAUAAAGACAGUGCUUGCACCAAAGAGACGUAUGUGGGGACGUCGCAAUUACCGCAAUGGAUCAUUGCUCUACGUGACGAAAGUUAUCUUCAAUACAAACGCCAGCGUGGGGACGACGCAAAACAACUGAAUAACGAUGAUGCAGGGUCUGUUUCUGGGACAGAUUUCCAGGCACGUUACGUGGGGACGCCGGCGCAAAAACGAGACAAGCUGAUUGCAGAUGGCUUAUUGGAUCCAACUUCAACGAUCAGAGAAGCUUUGAAGUUUUUGAAUGAUGCCGGGAUUGCAGGCGUAAGUUAUUGUAUUAAUGUAACAGUACUAAAUCAGAAUUUUCAGCCUGUACCAGCCCAAGUUCGUGCCAACCGUAUGGCAGCUGCUGACCGAACUGGAAACCGUUUUUGUCGGUUCUGCAACA